AUGACAAAGAAAAGAGGGAGCAAUGCUCAUGCUAAAAAGGGCCGUGGCCACAUGCAGCCUAUUCGCUGCAGGAACUGUGCCCGAUGCAUACCCAAGGACAAGGCCAUUAAGAAAUUCAUCAUUCACAACAUAGUGGAGGCCGCAGCAGUCAGGGACAUUUCUGAAGCAAGCGUCUUCGAUGCCUAUGUGCUUCCCAAGCUGUAUGUGAAGCUGCAUUACUUUUUGAGUUGUGCAGUUCACAGCAAAGUAGCCAGGAAUCAAUCUUGUGAAGCCCACAAGGACCAAACACCCCCACCCCGAUUUAGACCUGCGGGUGCUGCUCCACAACCCCCACCAAAGCCCAUGUAA